AUGGGAAGAGCAGAGAAAAUGAAAGAAGUGUACAAAGUGAGUGACAGGAAGGACGAAGGAAACAGCAGAAGACGAAUGAGUCUUCAGAAAACAUGGGAAAGUCUUAAUUCUGACAUUUCUUACCCUUCAUCUGUUCAGCACAUAGGGUGCAUGAAACAAGAUAAGAAUCAGUCUUAUGUUUUUCUGGCUGGGGAUGAAGAUAAAAAUGGAUAUGGUUGGCUGAGGCAGUGCGAGGAUCAUGUUGUGGUGACAGUGAAGCAAAAAGAGACUGAAACUAGUGAUUUGAUCACUGGUUUUGGUGAUACCAUGAAGAAAGGGUUUGUGCUUGAUUGGAUGAGAGCUAAGGAUUGUGCAGUGUGUGAGGAGUCUAAUGGCUAUUGCAGAUUUGACCAUACCACCAAGCAAUCAAGUUGCCUAUGCAUAGAUGGCAGAACUGUUUCCAAAAGUUGCAAAAAAGGCCCCUCUCAGAUUUCUGUCAUGCCUCAUCCUCUUGUUCCACCUCCUUCUUCCCUCAUAAACACCCUUUUCUUCUUCUCACUCUUCUUCCCAACAUCUAUAUCUAGUGAUGCUGAAGGGUACACAGCAUGUGAUCCUUUUAGCUGUGGGAAAUUCGACAAUAUUAGCUACCCAUUUUGGAGUAAGGACCAACAAGAUUAUUGUGGGCAUCCAAAGUUCAUGCUUGAUUGCCAACAAGACAACGUGACCAUUGGCAUCAUGUCACAGACAUUCCAAGUCAUUGAUAUGGAUCAGAUAUCGAAGGUUUUGAAGAUUGCAAGGUUGGAUUUAUGGACCAACCCUUGUACUAAUGACUAUGUCAAUGUUAAGUUGGAUUCGAAUUUCUUCAGCAACACUUCCAAUGAUGUUGAGUACACUUUGUUAUAUGACUGCGGCCCUCUUGGAUAUGCGUCUAGUAGUGUGAAUAUUGGAGGAGCAAUACAAUUUAAUUGCCGCAUAGGUGGUGAUCUUCAAGCUGGAUUCUUUGUGUUGAGUACUGAAGUGGUUAAUUUCAAUAGUCUGAGUUGCAAGAAUAGCAUCACUGUUUAUGUUCUAAAAGAGGCUGUGAAGAAUGAUUCGGUUGUGGACAAUGUUUUAGGAAGCGGAUUUGAGGUUGGAUGGAGUGGUGCUAAUGAACAUCAAUGUAAUGGUUGCUCAAAAUCUGGUGGGAGAUGUGGACACAAUGCAUCUGUGGAUGCAUUUAUGUGUCUCUGUCCUAAUCAGCAAUCUGAUGGUGAGUUUUGUAAGAAUAUCCUAGCGAGGCCCCCAGAACCAACACCUAGAUCAACACCAGAAAAGUCAAUUUCACCCACUUACCAUGUAAUGCCAGAUGCUCCACCUGCUCCGAUUGGACGAUCCAUUGUGGAGGAAGCAUCAUUGUCAACCACAGAGGUUAACAACCACAAGUUUAAAAGGUUAGAUAUCUGGGAAAAUGAUGCAGACUAA